AUGACUCAGGUUAUUCCAUACUGUCCUGUCUGUCGUCACCAGUGCACAGGCAAGAAUUAUAUCAGGAACAUACAACUAGGUCACCUGAUUGAUAUUUUUAAGCUCUGUCCUCCAAAAAAGAGUGAGACAUUCCAAAAGAAAAAUCAACUACUGUGUCAAAAGCACAAGCAGCCUUUGUUCCUGUUCUGUGAAGAGCACAUGUUACUCAUAUGUCCCCAGUGUGCUCUUACUUCCACCCACAAGAAUCACUCUUUCAGAUCUGUAGAGUAA